UUGUAUCUCCUGAGAUCUUAUUGGUGGAUUGCAUUCAUGGAAACUGUGUUGUGGGGCACGACGGUGAAGUCAUUAAGAAGCUUACAGACGUUCUGGCAGAUUAGGUUUUUCUCUUCUAAUCCUGCAGAUUACCACUGCACAAGCCUGCUGGCUGGGAGUGCUUCGUUGCUAUGCACGGUUUCUUCACAUUGAUCAUUUUUUUGUCGUUGCCACAUCAAUGGACCAUGUAGACUAAGAUAAACACAAGCAGGAGUUUGAGGAGGUGCAACAAAACCUGCAAAAACUACGCAGCAGCAGGCGGGACAAAGAACUUUAGAUGAAACCGGGAUUAAGGGAUUCUUCCUGAGUUGGAUUAUUAAAGCACAACAUGGAUUUUUGUCAACAUUAUGUCAUGGAGAUAUUUUUUUCUAUGUUUUCACAGAUUUUAGUAGUUGCUACUCAACAGAACUACUAACCUGCACCAAGUGGAACAUUGGCUCGGACAGAGAGGAUCAGUCCUUCUCGAGGCGAAUGCAGGUGGUGUCGCUCUCUGCAUUGAAAUGGAGACAGAGCAAUGUGAAGAGUUCGACCCCGCACCAAAGCCUACCAAACCUGAAGUAGAAGAGGCCAUAACUGAACCUGCAGAUGAUGACACUCACACCGAGCUGCCCUGUGGGUCUGCAGAGGAAGGCCAGGAGCUGCAUGGGGAAGAGCAGGCUGAAGCAGAGAGCUGUGCAGGAGAGAGUCAAAGCUCCGAUAUAAGAAAGCCCUCUGAUCCGGAGCAAUGUGGAGACACAGCAUGCAAGGAGCAGAGGAAACUGCAGAAAACAAACAGCUGGAAGACGGUGCGAUUUCAAGAACCAUCGAUGGACGACGAUGUGCUGGAAAUAGACAGCUCAGCAGAAAGUCUCUUUCCAGAAUAUGUGACGGAGGAGUGGACCUCCUCCACCUUUGAGGAGCUUUUUGGGGCAGACGAUUGGCUCGACAUCACUGAGGACCGACUCUUGAGGAAGAAGUUGGUGAAGUCUGGGGCCCCUGACGCCCUGAUACCUGUCUGGGGCCAGGAGGUUUCUGUGAAGAUGCAGUGUGUCGUGGAGGACCGCACCGUGGUGGAGAAGGACACCAAGCUGGUCUUUGUUAUCGGAGAGGGAGAUGUUAACCAGGCCCUGGAGGAGUGUGUCAUGUCCAUGCAGAAGAGAGAGAUCACAUUACUGCUAGCAGAUUCCCAGUGUGCAUAUGGACUUCUGGGAAGGUAAGAAUU